AUGACUGCUAGUCACGCGCCAGUUGCUUGUUUAACGCCGAUUGUUAUCCCGCGCCAGUUCCUCUUCUGCACUCAUUCUCAUCCUGCGCCGAUUGCUGUUUCCACAAUGACUGCUAGUCACGCGCCAGUUGCUUGUUUAACGCCGAUUGUUAUCCCGCGCCAGUUCCUCUUCUGCACUCAUUCUCAUCCUGCGCCGAUUGCUGUUUCCACAAUGACUGCUAGUCACGCGCCAGUUACCUUGUUUAACGCCGAUUGUUAUCCCGCGCCAGUUCCUUUCUGCACUCAUUCUCAUCCUGCGCCGAUUGCUUUCCUCUUCUGCACUCAUUCUCAUCCUGCGCCGAUUGCUGUUUCCACAAUGACUGCUAGUCACGCGCCAGUUGCUUGUUUAACGCCGAUUGUUAUCCCGCGCCAGUUCCUCUUCUGCACUCAUUCUCAUCCUGCGCCGAUUGCUGUUUCCAAUUGCUUGCGCCGAUUGUUAUCCCGCGCCAUUCCUUUCUGCACUCAUUCUCAUCCUGCGCCGAUUGCUGUUUCCACAAUCCCUAGUCACGCGCCAGUUGCUUGUUUAACGCCGAUUGUUAUCCCGCGCCACUCAUUCUCAUCCUGCGCCGAUUGCUGUUUCCAUCCUGCGUCCGCGCCAGUUGCUUGUUUAACGCCGAUUGUUAUCCCGCGCCAGUUCCUCUUCUGCACUCAUCCAGCGCCGAUUGCUGUUUCCAUAAUGACUGCUAGUCACGCGCCAGUUGCUUGUUUAACGCCGAUUGUUAUCCCGCGCCAGUUCCUCUUCUGCACCCACCUCAUCCAGCGCCGAUUUUUUUCCACAAUGACGACGCGCCAUUCCUUCUGCACUCAUUCUCAUCCAGCGCCGAUUGCUGUUUCCAUGACUGCCAGUCACGCGCCAGUUGCUUGUUUAACGCCGAUUGUUAUCCCGCGCCAGUUCCUCUUCUGCACUCAUUCUCAUCCAGCGCCGAUUGCUGUUUCCACAAUGACUGCUAGUCACGCGCCAGUUGCUUGUUUAACGCCGAUUGUUAUCCCGCGCCAGUUCCUCUUCUGCACUCAUUUCAUCCUGCGCCGAUUGCUGUUUCCCAGUCACGCGCCAGUUGCUUGUUUAACGCCGAUUGUUAUCCCGCGCCAGUUCCUCUUCUGCACUCAUUCUCAUCCUGCGCCGAUUGCUGUUUCCCAAAUGACUGCUAGUCACGCGCCAGUUGCUUGUUUAACGCCGAUUGUUAUCCCGCGCCAGUUCCUCUUCUGCACUCAUUCUCAUCCUGCGCCGAUUGCUGUUUCCAAAUGA